CUGAAGGUAUGUUACAUGACGGUCUUGCAUUAUCAGUUCACGUACGGCAUCGAUGUUUUGGCCUUCUCGUAUGGUUUGGCCAUAACCCAAGUGUACGACUCCGGUUCCAUUUUCUCACCUGAGAUCUUGGACAUCAAACCCGAAGAUUUGCGUGCGAAAUUCCAAGCUGGUGUUGCCAAUUUGGCCGCCGUAUCGUUAUCGAUUGGUUACCCAACUAUUGUUUCGGCACCACACAGUGUUGCCAAUGGUUUCAAGAAUCUGUUGGCUAUUGCUGCUGCCACCGAAGUGGACUUCAAGGAAGCUGCUACCAUCAAGGAGUUCAUCAAGGACCCCAGCAAGUUUGUUGCUGCUGCUGCUGCCUCUGCUCCAGCUGCUGGUGCUGGCGCUGCUGCCGAAAAGAAGGAAGAAGCCAAAAAGGAGGAGUCGGAGUCCGAGGAAAACGACGACAUGGGUUUCGGUCUCUUCGACUAAACAACUCAACUCACGUACGGC